AUGCUUAGGCUCCGCUUACUGACGUGGGACGUGAAGGACACGCUGCUGCGGCUGCGGCGGCCGGUGGGGGAGAGCUACGCGGCCGAGGCCCGGGCUCACGGGGUCCGGGUGCAGCCGGAGGCGCUCAGCCGGGCUUUCCGGGAGGCAUACGGAGCCCAGAACCGGCAAUUCCCCAACUACGGCCAGGGCCAGGGGCUGAGCUCCCAGCAGUGGUGGGUCGACGUGGUGAAGCAGACCUUCAGGCUCUCCGGCGUGCACGAAGAAGGAAUCCUAACGUUGAUGGCGGAAAAGCUCUACCGCGACUUCUGCAGCGCUUGCAACUGGGAGGUGCUGCCGGGAGCCGGCGAGACCCUGAGCCGGUGCCACCAGCACGGCUUCCACAUGGGGGUGGUCUCCAACUUCGAUAACCGGCUGGAAAACGUCCUCUCCCAGUGCAACCUGCGGCACCACUUCGAGUUCGUCCUCACCUCCGAGGAUGCGGGCUUCGCCAAGCCGGACGGGAGGAUCUUCGAGAAAGCUCUGCGCCUCGGCGGGGUCCCCCCGGAGCAGGCAGCUCACAUCGGCGACGACUACGCCCGGGAUUACAGGGCAGCCCGAGCUGUGGGCAUGCACAGCUUUCUGCUCCGGGCUGCGGGGCAGGGCGAGGAGCCUGAGGUGCCCCCCGAACACGUCCUGCCCACGCUCAGCCACCUCCUGGCUCGUAUUGAGAUGGGGUAG